GGAGGGCUGCUCCAGAACUGCACUGCUAGGAGGCUCUUCACGUUUCCAUUUCUUGGACGAGAAAGGAUGGAUGUGAGAAUGAACCAAGGACACCUACUUUUGGCAGUGACCCUCAUCGUCUGCAACUCUCGGCUGCUGGUGGUCGCCACCUCAUGGUGGUCAUUAGCCAUGAACCCCAUCCAGAGACCGGAGAUGUACAUCAUUGGGGCACAGCCUCUGUGCAGCCAGCUGACGGGCCUGUCUCAGGGUCAGAGGAAGCUCUGCCAACUCUAUCAGGACCAUAUGGUUUAUAUCGGAGAGGGCGCAAAGACGGGCAUCAAGGAGUGUCAGUAUCAGUUCAAGCAGAGGCGAUGGAACUGUAGCACGGUGGACAACACAUCCGUGUUCGGCCGAGUCAUGCAGAUAGAAUGUCACCACAUCCUGCCAAAACACGCCAUCAAGCUGGAAUGCGUUCCUCCGUCCCUUUGCGAGUCCCACGCUUUGUCAUACCACCCAAAUCCCAUCCUCUUUCCCCUCAGUUAUUUGAGUGCUUUUAAAACGAAGCGGCCUCAUAAAAAGUCCAUUUGCCUGCCGAUGUGGGUGCUUGUCGUGCGCAGAGCUCAGCCGCGUAUGUUUGUCUUAGAGAAGAUGAGUGUUCCCAGAGGUGAGGAGGUCAAGGUCUGGAUGGGUUCUGCAGUGUACAACCUGGCCAAUGUUGCAUGCAAGUGUCACGGAGUCUCCGGCUCGUGCAGCCUGAAAACCUGUUGGCUCCAGCUGGCUGACUUCCGUCGUGUGGGAGAGUUCCUGAAAGAGAAAUACGACAGUGGCGCCGCCAUGCGCAUCAACCGACGAGGCAAGCUGGAGCUGGUCAACAACCGCUUUAACCCCCCGACGAGUGAGGACCUGGUGUACAUCGACCCCAGCCCGGACUACUGCCUGCGUAACGAGACCACCGGCUCUCUGGGCACCCAGGGGCGCCUGUGCAACAAGACCUCGGAGGGCAUGGACGGCUGCGAGCUCAUGUGCUGCGGUCGCGGUUACGACCAGUUCAAGACCUACAAACACGAGCGCUGCCACUGCAAGUUCCACUGGUGCUGCUACGUCAAGUGCAAGCGCUGCACGUCGCUCGUAGACCAGUUUGUGUGCAAGUAG